CACUUAAAGGACAAGUACCCCCGCUCCUUUCUUUCUGGUAAAUUUAGAGACACUAUCAUAUGAGGGCUUUUUUCCAUUCUGCUGUAUCCACAACUGCUGAGACUCAGCUGGGGUUGCGAACGUGUGGGAACUGCUGAGUGGAAGCGGCCAUGUCGCAAACAACUCACCCACCCACCUUCCUGGUGAACUUCCAACUCCUGAGCAUUGUGGUGGUGCUGCUCUUCCAUGCAGACAGCAUACACGCAGAAAGUCCCAGUGAAGUGCCUGCAAACAAAUCUGAGGUGUGCACAGGCUCGUACAUCUGCAAAAAGGGUGUGAUCUUACCAAUAUGGGAACCCCAAGAUCCCUCAUUUGGUGACAAAAUAGCUCGAGCAACAGUGUAUUUUGUAGCAAUGGUGUACAUGUUCCUGGGAGUAUCCAUCAUAGCUGACCGCUUCAUGUCCUCCAUUGAAGUCAUCACAUCCCAAGAACGGGAAAUAACCAUCAAGAAGCCCAAUGGUGAGACCAGCAAAACCACAGUGAGGAUCUGGAAUGAGACUGUUUCCAACCUCACACUGAUGGCCUUGGGCUCAUCCGCUCCUGAGAUCCUUCUGUCCGUCAUUGAAGUGUGCGGCCACGGGUUCACAGCGGGGGACUUGGGGCCAAGCACAAUUGUGGGGAGUGCUGCAUUUAAUAUGUUUGUCAUCAUUGCAAUCUGUGUUUAUGUUGUUCCUGAUGGAGAAAUAAGGAAGAUCAAGCACUUGCGAGUGUUUUUUGUUACAGCAGCCUGGAGCAUCUUUGCCUACACAUGGCUUUACAUUAUUUUAUCAGUGUCUUCUCCUGGGAUUGUAGAGGUUUGGGAAGGCUUGCUCACCUUCUUCUUCUUCCCAAUCUGCGUAGUGUUUGCCUGGAUAGCUGACAGGAGGCUUUUAUUUUACAAGUACGUCUACAAGAAAUACCGAGCUGGCAAACAGAGAGGCAUGAUCAUUGAGCAUGAGGGUGACCGACCCUCCUCCAAAGCUGAUAUUGAGAUGGACGGAAAGGUUGCUAAUUCUCAUGUUGAAAACUUUUUAGAUGGGACACUGGUGUUGGAGGUAGAUGAAAAAGACCAGGAUGAUGAGGAAGCCAGGAGGGAAAUGGCUCGGAUUCUGAAAGAACUGAAACAAAAGCACCCUGACAAGGAAAUUGAGCAGCUUAUAGAGUUGGCCAACUACCAGGUCCUAAGUCAGCAGCAGAAGAGCAGGGCUUUCUAUCGCAUCCAGGCCACUCGACUUAUGACAGGAGCUGGCAACAUCCUGAAGAGACAUGCUGCAGACCAGGCUCGCAAAGCUGUCAGCAUGCAUGAGGUCAACAGUGAGGUGGCAGAAACUGAUCCCAUCAGCAAGCUAUACUUUGAACAGGGUACCUACCAGUGUCUGGAGAACUGUGGUACCGUUGCCCUGACCAUCAUUCGUCGGGGUGGCGAUUUGACCAACACAGUCUAUGUUGACUUCCGGACAGAGGAUGGGACGGCCAACGCGGGCUCUGACUAUGAAUUCACUGAGGGGACAGUGGUCUUCAAGCCUGGAGAGACCCAGAAGGAAAUCCGUGUUGGCAUAAUCGAUGAUGACAUAUUUGAGGAGGAUGAGAAUUUUCUGGUCCAUCUCAGCAACGUCCGCGUGAGCACUGAGGCAGAUGAGGGUAUUCUCGAGGCCAGUCGUGUCUCCACGCUUGCCUGCCUGGGCUCGCCAUCUACUGCCACUGUCACCAUCUUUGACGAUGACCAUGCUGGCAUAUUCACCUUUGAGGAACCAGUAACACAUGUCAGUGAGAGUGUGGGGACCAUGGAAGUGAAAGUGUUGCGAACCUCCGGCGCACGAGGAAAUGUUAUUGUGCCCUAUAAAACCAUUGAAGGCUCAGCCAAAGGUGGAGGAGAAGACUUCGAAGACACCUGUGGGGAGCUGGAGUUCCAGAAUGAUGAGAUAGUGAAAUUCAUUACCCUUAGAAUACUUGACCGUGAGGAGUAUGAGAAAGAGUGCAGUUUCUUCCUUGUGCUUGGGGACCCGGUGUGGCUACGACGAGGAGUGAAAGGUGGCUUCACCAUCACAGAGGAGAACGAAGAGAAGCAGCCACUGACCAGCAAGGAGGAGGAAGAGCGUCGAAUUGCAGAGAUGGGGCGCCCUGUCCUGGGGGAGCACACCAAGCUUGAAGUCAUCAUUGAGGAAUCCUAUGAGUUCAAGAACACGGUGGACAAGCUCAUUAAGAAGACAAACUUGGCCUUGGUGGUUGGCACAAACAGCUGGAGAGAGCAGUUUAUUGAGGCUAUUACUGUCAGCGCGGGAGAAGAUGACGAUGAUGAUGAAUGUGGGGAGGAGAAGCUGCCCUCCUGCUUUGAUUACGUGAUGCACUUUCUGACCGUCUUCUGGAAGGUCCUUUUUGCCUUCGUGCCCCCAACAGACUACUGGAACGGCUGGGCCUGCUUCGUUGUCUCCAUCCUCAUGAUUGGCAUCCUGACAGCAUUCAUUGGUGACCUGGCGUCCCACUUCGGCUGCACCAUCGGCUUGAAGGACUCCGUCACUGCAGUUGUGUUUGUGGCACUGGGGACAUCAGUGCCAGACACGUUUGCCAGUAAAGUGGCAGCAACGCAGGACCAGUAUGCGGACGCCUCCAUUGGGAACGUCACCGGGAGCAAUGCUGUGAACGUUUUCUUGGGCAUCGGAGUGGCCUGGUCCAUCGCGGCCAUCUACCACGCAGCACAUGGACAAUCCUUUGAAGUCUCACCUGGCACCCUGGCCUUCUCCGUCACUCUCUUCACUAUUUUUGCUUUCAUCAGUGUGGGCGUGCUGCUCUACCGGAGGAGACCCGAAAUUGGAGGUGAGCUAGGUGGGCCGCGGACUUCCAAGCUGCUCACAUCCUCACUCUUUAUCCUCCUCUGGCUCUUGUACAUAUUCUUCUCAUCUCUGGAAGCCUACUGCCACAUAAAAGGCUUCUAAAGGAACAAUCAGAGAUAGUAAAUAUAUGUAUAUCUAUAUGUAUCUAUAUAGAGCAAUAUAUAGGUAUAGAUAUAGAUAUAAUGCUGUGUAUAAUGAACAGAGAAAGAAUAAAAGAGAUUUGCCAUGUUCACACACCUGCUGAUGGAAAGCAGCUUUGGAGAGUCCUAUGAACUAGGCAGGACCCAAAGUUGGCUGGACCCCUCCUCAAGGGUCCCUUCUUUGCAACUCUACCAGUGAGAGCAGCCAGCAGCCCCUGAGCCCUUUCCCAUUGCUCCCACUGACUCCGGGAGGAUGGAUGCAAACGCAACUGGGCGAGUCGGCACAGGGAAGGCCGAUGGCUGGCUAGAAGUGGAGACAGUGGGCAAGGAAAGGAGAGCAAGGGUCCCGACCUCCGACCAUCCUCCAUCUGCCUUCGCCACUUGGGAACAUCUCCUCCGGCCCUAUUGGAAAGAAGCGAGAGACCAGACUGAAGACAAGGGGAAAUUGGGAGCCUCCUAAGGAUAGAACACAACCAUUUUCAUCAUUUGAUUUAUUUUUUUUUCAUUUUGACGUAUGUACAAUUAGCAUUCCUCCCUUUCUCCCUGCUCCAUUUUCCCCUUUCCCCAUGUUCUCUGUGCUUUGGGGACACAGCCACAUGUCUGGUGUCCUGAGCUGAGGUCCCACCUCGUCCCUCCCUGGGCAUGCUGUCAUGGUACUAGUAACAUUUGCAUGAACAAAACGACCCCUACCUGUAUAUAACCUCCUAUAGUGAUAGUCCUUCCAGCUGUGUGGGUUGAGCAUUGCUGAUAUAAGUGUUUUCUUUUCACCAGGUUUUAUUUAUUAUAGUUAGUGUAGUUUCUCUCAUAGGUUUGGGUUUUUUGUUGUUGUUGUUGUUAUUCUUUGGUUGUUUGUUUCCUCUUCACAGGGAGUGACAGGAGGGAAAGCUUUCCCCACUCCCUGUUCAGUACAUGUGUCCCCAAGAAGCAAAAACAGCCACACGGACGUAGGUUUUCUGUGUCCUUGGAGGCCAAGUGGCAGCCCUCGUUUCAGGACGUGUCCUUGGGGCUGCUCCUUCCCCACAGCCAUUUGGAAUAAUUCAGCACAAGGGCUGUAAGGAGUUCUCCUCAUGUGCCACAUUGGGGCGCAGCUCUGGCACAGAGGUGAGGGGCUGGUGAGCAGGGUGACAGGGAGGAGGCAGAGCAAGGGAUGUGUCUGGCACAUGCUCCUUCUGAAACCAAUGGAAGGGGCACAACAGGGCCACUUCAGGAUGCCUGCAGAGUCUGGGGGAUGUCCCCUACCUGCGCUUCCCACCAGCCAUACCAGUGGCCCAGACAGGCAAACCCCUCAUGCGCAUCCACUGGUGAGCUCCUCCAACCUGGCUGGAACGCACCUCUGCACCAUAACCCUUGGGCUGGGGUAUUUGUAUCCGUUGUGAACAAUCUGCAGGAACUUCAGUGAACCUGUUGUAAGAGUUUCUCCAGGAGUCUGAAGAUUUUUUUUCCUUGUCAAUCCUCUUCUCACUUUUGAAGGGUUGUUGUGGUUUUCUUUUUGUUGGUUUUUUUUUUGUUUGUUUGUUUUAAGGGAAGAAUUGAACACAGAUGCAGGUUGUUCAGGUGUGUGAUUACCUUUAUGUACAAUGACUUCAUUUUCAUUUGUUUGCCUUCGUUGAUUUUUCAUUGUGUGUAUUGCCCACCACUAUAGGCAGUGAUCCACUAAUUGUGAUGAUCCUUAUCAAUGGUACACAAUGCACAGACAAAUAAAGUUUGCAAUGAUUCCUCAUGGACCCAGUAGUGCUCCUGCAUAUUCUCUAUGGAGAACCCUCCCCUUCCCCCUUGUUGUCUUCCUGUACGUGGCACCCACCUCUUAUUUCUUCAUCGCUUUGCCUUUGUUGUGUUUCUGCUGCCAACAAGGGCCCCCACGUGCCCGCUUCUGCCCCAUGGGUGAGGAUCAAACACUAUCACUGAGCCUGGUCCUCCUAACCAAAAAUCCAAGGCUGCUUUGUGUCACCCGAUCUGCCCACAAGCACUCGGCAUCCCCCAGGACGAGCACACGUUGAGCAUCAGCAGCAUUAAGCCAAGCACAGUCUCUCGCAUCCACAUGCUUUCCCUGGGCCCUGAACUAUAUGAGCAGAGCAGCUCUCCUGACCCAGUAAUUACAUCUCCGGAAAGGUGAUGCUGGUGUUUCGCUCUCAUCAUCCUUCGCUUCUCUGCCAUGAACUGCACUCACUGAAGUAAUUAACAAGUCAAAUGGGACUUGUGCAGCAGCCUGCUUUAAGAGGCAGUAAAUAACUGUUCUGCUCAAAGAGCCUUCCAGCGGGGAUGAUGGAGCACUGCUUGCUUAGGACACGGCCUAAAUCACGCAGUUAACGCCAGCCUUGUUUAUGCUAUUACUCUGCCAGCCGCAUGCUUUUGGCAUCCUUAACGAGCUCGUGCAAAGCGUGAUGCCUCUCUGCCCUGCAAACCGCACUCCUCAAGACACACAGGCUCCGGAUGCCUCCAGUUUUGGGGGAGAUUUUCUCCCUAUGUUUUUCACUUCCUACAAGGACAAGAGGGCAGGGGAGGGCUGGAGACCCUUUCUGGUAGACACAUGCCUCAACUAUGCCAAGCAACUGGAUGUGGUCUGUGAAUUCAGUGUGCUAUUUAUUUUUGCUGCGUGCCAGGAGGAGAGGGCUGGAGCAUGUGUGUUAUUGUUAGGGUUAUUUUUAAACGCUUGGGUAUGAAGCAAGAGCAGCAGUACUGGGGGCUAUGUGUGUGUGCCUGCGGAGGAGGAUCGGACACCUUACCAGCCCAAAAGUGCCGGUGUGCCGGUGUGCCAGAGGGAGAGAGAAGAGGAAAAGCUUCAUGCUGGAGGGAAUAAUUCUGGGAGAAGCCUUCGCAGGAUUUUUCCACAGGCUUUGGCACCUGCGCCCAUCCCAGGCAGCACAUUUGCAGAGCACCAGGAGCCUCCCCAGCUUCUCAAGAUGCCCAACCACACACACAGGCACAGCUGCGGGAAAGCCUGUUUAUCUUGUAAAAGCUCAACUUGUGCAGGAAAGCAUCCAGAGGCCUCUGUAUUCUUGCAAAAUGCGCCGAGGGACAAUAAAUACAGCCAGAUUCCUCACCUUUUAAGGACUUGAGACUUCCCUCUUUUGGAAGCAGAGGUGCCAAGCUCGUCACCAGCCCUGGCAUGAAGGAGUGGGAAUGCUGCUGACAUAGGCGCUGCCAGCUGGAUGUCUGGCAUGGGGACAGGGGCAGCACCGCUAUGUCCCUCCACUGCUGGAAACCCCGUUGAGGGGCUGUCCCCAACCUGAAUGCUGUGACUGUCAGCUGGAUGCACCUGAUGGCUGGGACACAGUGACAGAGAUGUUCCCCAGCAUCUUGGACGUGAGGCCAGGCAAGCGAUGGCCACCAUGCAUGUUUCCAGGUGGCAGUGGAGAAGGCGGGCACACCGAGCCCUUCCUGCUCGCUUUUACUGUCGCUCCCUCAGGGGGUGUUGGAAGUUCCAAUGUUUCUGCUGUAUUUCCAUGUCCUCACGGCCCACACAUGCUGUUGUUCCCCACCUGAGCAUGUCAGAGCAAACUGAACACUGUAACUGGGGGCUCGAGGUCCACUUCACCUCUUUCAGAUCAAAAAAGCGCCUGUUCUCAGCACUAAAUGUUCUAAAAAACCGGCUCCACAUUACAGUGGGCAGAGCUCAAUCAAGGCCCAGUCCUGCUGCGUGGUGAUAGCAUGAGGUUGAGACAAUGUCCUUGCUGGGAGACGUCCAGCUGCAGCAACUUCUGGUACUGACCCAGCCUUAGAGCUCCUGGACCCUCACAGGACACGGGGGACACUCACAGGGCCCUCCCUUGGCCUCUCUGUAGAGGCUGGAUUUAUUUCCUCUCUUUUAUGCCCAAAUCAAAGCCUGACCCAGGCCGGUCUGGGGGUAAAACCAGCUUUCAUAGACUGCUGGCUCUGUGGUGGUCUGGUCUUGCUGAGCAGUGAGAGCUGCCCUGAGCAAAAAGACAAGCCAGCACCUCCCAUAUCCUCACCUAUCUGUUCCAUGUGGCUUCCCUCUCCUUCCCAAGUCAAUACGUAUUUGUUCCCCAAUGGCCACCCUCGUCACAAGGCUCCUCCAGCUCCUGCCCUGCACAGAGCACUAAGCCCAUGGUGCCUCAUGGCAGGAGGCUGGGCUCUGCUGAUAACCCGGACCUUCAGGCUUCCCAAGGAGGCCGCAGCUCAGCAGUAUGGCCAGAUGGGACUUUUUGCAGACUGAGAGAAGAUAGCGGGGAGCCCUCCUCCGAGCUCCAGCCUGACGCUGGGACAAACAGCCAGAUGAUGGUAAAGCCACCUCAGGAGCAGAGCUCUUGCAGCCUCAUCGGAGGCUUCCAUCAGCGAGGCAGAACCUCACUGGGGCAGGAGGGAGAGCCCAGCAGCACUGCUCAGCCCUCCGAGCCCCAGUGGGCGCACCAUGCCAGGCAGCCCCCAGCUCAAUCCUCUCCAUCUCUUCUCUCGUGUGGUUCCUUGUCGGCUCACACGAUGCAGCUACACUAUUUGAAAAGCCAUACUAUUUGUUGGUACGACUCUUUUCGGACUGUUGAUUUAUAUAUAUUUGUUGAUAAAAGAGGUCAUCUUGGGAGACGCUCGUAGUCUACUGGGGAACAAUCACCCAGUGCUGUAUAUUCUGUACAUGCUGUAUAAACAAAGCAAAGUAUUUAAGCCUAAAUGUUUGCGGGGUGAGGGGAGGCCAGCCACCGGACAACCUGGCAUCCCUUGGGGUGACUGUGGACAUGGGGACGGGACCUGGCCCAAAAAUGGGGCAGUGCACCCAGAGAUGCGAGGCCACAUCUGAAGCCAUGGUGACACCGCACAUCCCUUCCCCACCGAAGGCUGACCGUCCCACACAUGGCCAUAGAGCCACCCUGUGCUUUCUGUGUCGUUUGAAACCAUCAGAGACAGUCGUGGCAGCCUCGAGAAAUUGUGCUGAGCUCAUCUAUUUUUAUAUCUGUGGUGUUUCCCAGUUCAUAGAGAGUAGUGAACAAGUACCCCUAUAGCUGAAAGCGACAUGUUCAAAAUAAACAUACGACUGCAGAAAUUAUUUGUAAUAAUAAUUUAUUUGAAAUAUUCUGCCAAAGAUAGCUCUCUUAAUGGUCUGUAAGCGUCGUUUCUCUCUCUUUGCUCUGAAUGUCAUUGUGAAAGCACCUUUCUCCCUGCUCUCUUGGGAAGACUUGCUUUUAUUUUGGUAUAUAUAUAAGGGCAACAAAAAAGACCCAUGUUUUGGUUUUUUGUUUUUUUUCCUUUUUAACCAGAGCCGUAUGUAGAGGAGCAGAGGGACACAGGGAGGCACAGGGAGACGUAGGAUGACUUCUUACCAUUCGGGUGAUGGAUGGAACACAGCAGAGGGGAGGAGAUGUGGGCAAGUGCCCCCUCCACAGUUCGAGCACCUGUGGGAUGAGCUGGGCCCCCCAAACCACCCCCGAGGGUUCAUGCUCAUAUGGCCCUGCAGCUCCAUCUGCAAUGCCUCAAGUCAGGGCCGGGCCUGGUGGGUGUGAGGUUAACCAGGGGUGAAGCUGCCCAGAUCCGUCUGCUCUGAAAUUAGAGAUUUCUUUAUUUUGUUGGGAAAACAAAAACAAAAACAAAACAAGAGUCUUAUUAUCCUUCCUCAGAGUUUCUGCUCGAAAGAGCUUUUUAAUGCUAGAAAAUCACCUCCCAUCGUCGUCUGCGAUCCUUACACUUGUUGCACCAGGAACUCGUCCUUAUCUGUAUACCCAUCAGACCCCACCUUACCAGAGAUACGUAUGGCAGAGGGGUUGGGUUGGAUGGGUCGCUGGGUCGGGUGAUUUGUUUUUUGCUUCUGAGCAGAGUCAUAAAACUUCUUGAUGGUAAAAAGCCAGAGAUUGGUGACAAAGGAAUGGGUCGGGAUCAGCUCCUCAUGCACUUGUAGUGGAGAGGAGGCAGCAGUGUGAGGUGCAGGGGGUGAAGCAGGGAUGUGGGGUGUGUGGGAUGGAGCCCCCGGCAGCGUCUGCAACCGUGGCAUCAUGGGGAUGGGCAGCAGCUGGGAGAAGAACUGGGUUUCUGAUCACUGUGCAUUUUGUUAAUUAGGGAAUUCAAAUAGUUUUAUUUUUACCAAAAAAAAAAAAA